AUGGUGGAGUUCCUCGGCCGCAUCGUGGGCAAGGCGCUCUACGAGGGAAUCCUCCUCGAGUACAGCUUCGCCCCUCUGUUCGUAUCCAAGCUCGUUGGGCGAUACGCGUUUUUGGACGAGCUGUCCUCCCUGGAUAUGGAGCUGUACAGGAACCUCAUGUACCUCAAGGUGGGUGGGUGGAUCGGUGGGUGGGUGGAUCGGUGGGUGGGUGUGGCUCUAGUGUGGGUAGCGUGGGCACCUGUGUUGGACGUAGUGGGAAGAUAUGCGUUUUUGGACGAGCUGUCCUCCCUGGAUAUGGAGCUGUACAGGAAUCUCAUGUACCUCAAGCACUAUGAGGGGGAUGCAUCUGAACUCGCGUUGGACUUCACACACUACGAAGGGGAUGCAUCUGAACUCGCGUUGGACUUCACAGUCACAGAGGAGGUGCUGGGCGAGCACAGCAUCGUGGAGCUGCGGGCCCUAACCUUUGUCGCUCUGUCCCCUUGUCUCCUUCUCCCCUACCCUUCUCUCCCCAUGCAGCACUAUGAGGGGGAUGCUUCUGAACUGGCAUUGGAUUUUACAGUGACUGAAGAGGUGCUGGGCGAGCACAGCAUACACUACGAGGGGGACGCAUCUGAGCUGGCAUUGGACUUCACAGUCACUGAAGAAGUCUUGGGCGAGCACAGCAUUGUGGAGCUGCGGCCGGGCGGCAGUCACAUUGCUGUGACCAAUGAGAACAAGCUGCAGUACAUUCAUGCCGUGGCCGAUUACAAGCUUAACCGUCAGAUGGCAGCAGUGGUGGCGGCGUUUCUCAGGGGCCUCUCGGAUUUAAUUCAGCCCGAGUGGCUGCGGCUGUUCAGCCCGAAGGAGUUCAACCAGCUGCUGUCAGGCGGAGAGCAGGACGUGGAUGUGGAGGAUCUCAAGGCACACACGAGAUACUCAGGGGGAUACACGGAGAGCGACCGCACCAUCCGCAUGUUCUGGGAGGUCGUGAAGGAGCUAUCAAGAGAGGAGAAGAGCCAACUGCUCAAAUUCGUGACUAGCUGCUCACGACCCCCCUUGCUGGGGUUCAAGCACCUCAAUCCGCCGCUCACCAUCCACAAGGUGAAUGUGGACGCAUCCAUGUGGGCUACACUAGGAGGGCCCGAUGUGGACUGGCUUCCCACCGCUUCCACCUGCUACAACCUGCUCAAGGUAAUCAUUGCUCCUGUUGUGCUACAACCUGCUCAAGGUAAUCAUUGCUCCUGUUGUGCUACAACCUGCUCAAGGUAA